AUGGAGAUUUCUCGUAUAACAGGUUGUGAUCCUGCUCUACCAGGAUUCUCUCUACCAGUCAGAGACUCAGACAGCUUACUCAAUAGCCAACAUGCAGACUUUGUAGACGUUAUUCACACGAAUAAAGGAGGUUGUGGAGUGUUAUACUCGUCCGCACAUUACGAUAUCUACGCUGAAAAUGGCUUCUGCCAACCGGGAUGUGACUGUCAUGAUCCUUCCUGCUCUCAUUCUAGAGCUUUGAGAAUUUUUGCCGAAUCAGUCAAUUCACCUACGAAAUUUUUGGCCAAGAAAUGUAAUUCAAAAGUUUCGCUUAUUUCUAUCGGCAGGUGCACCGGUUCUCAUAAACCUACUUUGGAAGUUGGGGAGCACUGUCCACGGCCUAAAUGCAGAGAAGAAGAAGGAUUGUACCAUUUUGAUACAAAUGAUAAGCCACCUUACGCCAAAGGACCAGCGGAAUAA